AUGGCAAACUUCUCGAUUGAGUGGCUUUCCAGGAGUUAUUAUGAGGAGACUAAGGAUGCUGCGCUCCAUUCAAAGGUCCAUGGUGAAAUGAGGGAAUUUACAAAAGAAUCAAGAAGCCAGUUCUCUCCGACCUCACCGAACAACAGCUGCGGUUACACAUCGGGGUCUGAGAGCGAGGUGGCAGAUGACAGCGAAGAGGAGGCCACCCAGCAAAGAAGGAUGAGGACCAAGUUCACCUCCGAGCAAAUCAGGAAACUGGAGAGCACCUUCAGCAAGCACAAAUACCUGGGUGCUACACAGAGGAGGAAGUUUGCUGAGAAGCUGAACCUCUCCGAAACUCAGGUGAAAACAUGGUUCCAGAACAGGAGAAUGAAGUUAAAGCGGGAGGUUCAGGACGUGCGCCAUGAGUUUCUGUCGGUCCCCGCGGCUCUGCUGCCUCCUCUGCUGUUUCAGCACCACGUCCUGAGCGGACAGCUCCCCUCCGGCAGUGGCUUCUACCCGCAGCUGCAGCCUCUCCACAGGACGGCCCCGCCCGCUCCCCUGCACCCGGUCAUCCUGGCUCCACACUUCUACUGAACUCCCCCACAUUUCCCGAACGAAUUCCUGUCUAGAAUCUAGAUAUUUUCUCAUUGCUCUCUCUAAAAGAGGGGUUGUCAAUAUAAUUGCUUUUAAAAUGUCUGAAGCACUACAGUAGCUAUAUAUGGAUGUAAGUUGUUUAUUAUUAAAAUAAUGUAAAUGUACAGUAA